UGCAUGGGUACGUCGUCGUCACAUUCUCGAUCAAUGCUUGGAACUUCAACUGUUCUACCGGGAUUGUGAACAAGCCGAUACAUGGAUGAGUGCUCGUGAAGCGUUCUUGAAUCAAGAGGAUGCGGGUGAUAAUGUCGAGAGUUUGAUCAAAAAACAUGAAGAUUUCGACAAGGCAAUCGCAUCUCAACAGGAGAAGAUCAGUGGUCUUGAAACGUUUGCGAAUCAGUUGAUCAAUCAAGAUCACUAUGAGAAGGAUGCGAUCGCAGACAAACGCAAUCAAAUCCUUCAACGUUGGGAACGUUUAAAGGGCGCAUUGAUUGAGAAACGUAGUAAACUGGGUGAAUCACAGACACUGCAACAAUUCUCGCGAGAUGCUGACGAAAUCGAGAAUUGGAUUGCUGAGAAGUUCCAAAUCGCGCAAGAAGAAAGUUAUCGUGAUCCGACACACAUUCAGCAGAAACAUCAGAAACAACAAGCAUUCGAAGCUGAGUUGGCUGCAAAUGCAGAUCGUAUCGCAACACUGAUAACUGCAGGACAGAAU